GCAAACUAGAGACUCCGCCUGCCUAUCGAGCCAUUAAUGCUGUGAAGCGUCAACGCUUAUCCGAGUGACCCGGUCGCCCAGCUUAUCCACUAAUUUUGUUGUCUUUGGAUUUUUCACGGCAGUAAUGGGUGACCCAGCGGACAACAAGUCGUCCGAGUCGGAUCGCCCCGUCUCACGCGCAGCGUCCACUAGACUGUCGCAUGUAUUGCGUGACGGCGACGAUGAUGACUACGACUUGCAGGCCUUGGCAGUUUCUGACGGCUUCCGACCUGUUCAAAACGCACAAAACCAUGCGUCCCACGUCGCAUAUCCAUCGUUUUCAUCUCGAGACCAGCCAGCCGCACGCACCAUGACUUCUCGUCCCUCGAGUAUGGCAAAAUCGGCCCCUGGCCAAGAUUUCUCCGAUUCAUAUAGCGCGGAUAACAGGCUGGAACGGGCACCUGCGAGGUCAUCGACCGUAUCUACCGAGUCUCCCAUAAUGUCUACUGAGACACCUUACGAAGGACCUCGGGGCCCUUCACACCCUUAUCAGAUGUAUCCACAAGAUGUUCGAUUAGCUAGGACCGCCAGUUUAGCAACUUCUUCAACAGCGCCCCUCUCAGAGCGAUCCUACAACGGACCUCGAGGCCCGACCCACCCUUAUGGCAUAUAUCCACAGAAUGUAGGUACGGCAGAGGAUGGACCAAGUGACCGGGCGCCACAAAGUGAGAUAAACGUGGGUUUCCCUGGCACGGCAGAUAAUUAUCAACGAAGGCUUGGCCCGGAUGGAGAAGAAGUGGCGGAUAUGAUUGGGCCCGAUGGUCAUACAGAACAACUGCCGCCUUACACGAGGUAUCCUGUGGAGGGUUACGCUCAGAAGCCUGCGAGGAUAAGCAGCCCUCAACCGGCGUCAGCGUCAUCACCUUCCCCGACGCAGACUGAGCGGCAGCUUGCGCAGAACCUCGUCAUCCCUGGUGCCGGUGGCAUUGGCUUAGCGACCCGAAACCCAGAAUUUUCAUCUACAGAAGACCUACAUCAACUCCGUUCCCCUGAGUCUCGUCAUUCCGUAAGGAGUAUCGUCUCCGAGGCUAGCCAUCACUCAAUCAACACUGCUGCCCUCGCCGUCACAAAUGAAAAGGAAAAGAAUUGGAAAUUCGCUGCGAGACGAAAGGUUUGGGGCGUUGUUCCAUGCUGGGCUCUAUUACUUGGGGCAACUGUACUAGUUCUGCUAGGUGUUAUUCUAGGAACGGUCAUUGGCACCGUAUUCGGGCGUCAGCUAAGCAAGUCAGAUAAGGACAGACAAUCAUACGGAGCGGGGAAACCUCCUGGUUUUGUACCCCUAACAUCUGUGCCACUAGGUUUACCGGAUCUCCCCGAAGGACCGUAUGCUCUACCACUUCUGAGUCCUCGCUACUCAAACACAUGCUUCCAAGACACAAGCCAAGGCCGUGCGUGGAAUUGCGAUGCUGUUAUGUCUCAGCUAGUUAUAUCUAUUCGCCGGAAGCUUAGUUCGACUGAUGUCACUGCAUACGCACUAGACCUAACUUACAAUCACUCGUAUACGAUAGACUCCAACAUUUACUCCUAUGGGGUCCAACCGCCGUCGUUGACAGAUCAGCAGCUUGAAUUAGUAAACGACACCUUCGAACCUUCACGUGGUCCUGCCUGGGCUCUCGCACUUCCCUAUGAGAAGACCGUCCUCUUGCCGGAGCAAUUUUUGACCUAUUCGUCUUCUGAAGGAGAGGAAAAACAAAGACGCACAGCGUUUGGAUUUGACUUCAAGCGAAAAGGCCUAGCACACAGUGGUGAAAAGCCGUGGAUUUGCACAUGGCCAAGUACCAUUCUUGAAAUUCUCAUCUAUCCCAACCAAACUAAUACCUAUACAUUCCCUAUGCCCUCUAGUAGCACUGGGAGCCAAUCGAGUAGUCCAAUGCCUACCCAGUCUUCAGAGGACCAAAAAAUACGAAAACGCGGAAGCGCUGAGAAGCUUACGAUGGAUUACGAUGAUACGCGAUCAGACGAUGAUUAUUGGCGUACUCACCUAGGAGAGCAUUCGAGCAGCGGGUCAACAAUGUCUACAACGUCGUCAACUUCGUCGGCCUCGUCAACAUCUUCUACAACAAGCAGCACAUCAUCAACAGAAACGAAUUAUUUCAGCUCGCCUCCUAUGAUACCGCCGCCAUUUCCACCUUAUCCAAAGAUUGUCAAGGUGGAAGAACGUCGCGAUCCUGAAAUAGAUGCGCUCACACCAACAUGCCGCCAGAUAGUGGUUGGCGAACAGGGAGAACCAGCUGUUCCUGCAGUUGAUGAAAAUGGAGACCCUAUCGUGAUCGAGAUCGCGGAAGUGACGUUAGAAACCGACGAAAAAGGAAGCAAAUCAUAUUAUAAUCGUCGCUCUUUCGGUCCAUACAUGUGGGAACGUGGCGACGGGUCGAGUGGUAAUGAAUUAAGCGAAUGUGGAUGUUUGUGGUGGUUGACGUGAAAUGCUGGGGUAUGCAUUACUCAAUUCCACAUGACCAGCCCAAUAUUAUAUAUAUCUUUUGAUUUCAAAUUCGACCACAACCCGGGAAGGUCUGUACAUAGCGCGGGAACACACGAAGGCACAGGCAUCAAAUGGCGUAGGGGAAUCUUGUUUUUGGAGUGGCCGCCUUGGCUAUACUGAUGUCUUUUCUUGGGUAUUGCGAGGGUUCAUUGAACUAGACAAAAACUGGCGUCAUCUGGCUUUUUCACCUUGGAAUAGGCAGUCUGAAUUUUCGACUGCUUAGAUAUAUACACCAUACCAUCCUCUGUAACUCCCCAAUUAUACCUAAGUACAUAGUACGCCACUACUGGCACCCGUCCUUUACCGCUACCAUUACUAUUUAUAUAUAAUAUAUGGACACAGUCGAAUAUUGAAGCCUGGCAAAUAGUAGGGAAGACGGCGUCGAAAGUU